CGGGGCGGGGGGGUGGCCGCGCGCGCCCAGGCGGGUCCCGACCAGCAGCGUCGCCGCCGCCGCCGCGGGGGAGCGGAGCGAGGGGCCGGGCGCCCCCGGAGCAGCGUCCCCGCGCGGGGCUCCCGCCGUCCGUAAAAUCCGAAGUUCUUCGUAUCCCAGCAGUUCAGAGUGCAAGUUUGGUCCUGGCAAAGUGAUUUCAAGGCCAAAUAAGAAGAGGGAACUCUGGCCACAGACCUUUCAAAGGGAAUACAUUGUGAACGCUUACUUGGACAAACAUUUCUCCAAGGAGCUGAGCAGCCCAUGUCACCGCCCUGAGGGACUGACCCACCGCCAUGGGGCCGCCCGGGGGCCUGCUGGGCGCAGGGCAGGGGCAGGUGGUCCUGUGGGGCAGCCUGGCAGCGGCGGCCACCAUCCUGCUCAUCACCUUCCUCAUCCUCCUGUGCUCCAGCUGUGACAGAGAAAAGAAGCCAAGACAACACAGUGGGGAUGAUGAGAACCUGAUGAACGUGACUUCCGACAAGGAGAUGUUCAGCCGCUCCAUCACGAGCCUGGCCACGGACGCCCCCAUCAGCAGCGAGCAGAACGGGGCGCUCACCAACGGAGACGUUCUUUCAGAGGACAGCACGCUGACCUGCAUGCAGCACUACGAGGAGGUGCAGACCUCGGCCUCCGACCUCCUGGACUCGCAGGACAGCGGCGGGAAGCCCAAGUGCCACCAGAGCCGGGAGCUGCCGCAGAUCCCGCCCGAGAGUGCUGUGGACGCGCUGCUGGACGGGCGCGACGCGGACGGGGACCCCGCGCCGGGCCUGGAGGGGCCCUACGAGGUGCUCAAGGACAGCUCCUCGCAGGAGAACAUGGUGGAGGACUGCCUGUACGAGACGGUCAAGGAGAUCAAGGACGUGGCGGCCGCCCCGCCGGGCAGGGCCCCCGGGCCCCGGGCCCGCGCCGCCGCGCCCAAGGGCAGGGCGGACUUCGCCGAGUACGCGUCGGUGGACCGCAACAAGAAGGGCCGGCCCAGCGCGCCCCCAGAGACCACCCCGGGGGCCGCCGAGCCCGACGAGGAGCCGCCGCCGCCCGUGCCCGCCAAGCUGCUGGACGAGAACGAGAACCUGCAGGAGGAGGAGAAGGAGGGGAGCGCAGGCCGGGAGGGCGUCCCGGAGGAGGCCGAGGGCGCAAACAAGAGAUUCAGUUCAUUGUCAUACAAGUCCCGGGAAGAAGACCCAACUCUCACGGAAGAAGAGAUCUCAGCUAUGUAUUCGUCAGUGAACAAACCUGGACAGCCGGGAAAUAAAUCGGGACCAUCGCUUCAAGUGCCAGAGGCCACGUACAGUUCCAUCGAGGGAACCGCCCAGAGAUCUCCCUCUUCGUGCAGUGACCUCUAUGCCACGGUCAGAGACUUUGAGAAGACUCCCGGCAACAGCAUGGGGGUGGUUUCCCCCGCGGGACGCCCAGGGGACGAGCCGGAGCCCCACUACGAGGCGAUCCACACUCUGGGUAGAGAAGAAGAAAAGGGCCCCCCGGACACCAACGGCCACCACAGCCUCUUCCCAAAGGAGAACGACUACGAGAGUAUCGGGGACUUGCAGCAGUGCCGGGAUGUCACCAGGCUCUAGCAGUCCUGCGGGGACGCCGGUGCCCCCCACCCCCCCGGGCGCUGCUCCCACGAGGCUCUGCCCCUGUGGCUUGUCCGUCUGCGCUGCUCCCACAGCACUGAAGCAAUCCCAGAUGCACGCCCCGUCUCCCCACUCCCAGGAACAGUGAGGUACACGCCUGGCGCUGGCCAGCGGAGGGGACCCCCUGCCAAGCACACCCCCCUCCGAGCCCUCUGUCAGGGGUCUCGCCCCACCUGUGAGGAGGAACUGUGCUCACCUCCACAGCUCCACUGGAAACGCCGCCACUCCGCUUUCGUUCCUCUCCUCUCUGUUUUCUUCUCUCUCUCACUCUCUUUUUUUUUCAAAUGUAGGAGUACUGCUAUUUAUUCAGCCAUUGAUUAAGCUGAUUGAAUUGGGCAUGAACUCCACAUGACUCAUGUAUGUGACUUUCUUCCCCUUAUAAUCUUCCCUUCUUCCCUUUUUUUUU